UUAUUUUGAGCCUGGGACUAGAUUUUUCUUUAGAGAAUAAGCACUCUAAAGGCAACCAUUGGAAUUCCUAUUCUUGUUGUUAUUGCAGCAAAUCGACAGGCCUUGCAACCCCUUCUGUUUGGGUUGUCUUAUGUGAAAUGGGACAUAUUUUAUAUUAUGCUGUCCAAGGAUGUUGUUUAUAAUUAGUUGUUAUAGCAUAUUGGCAUAUCACAUUCGUUUAUCUUUUUAUAAUGAAUCAUGGAUAAUGGUAUUGGACCUUACUAAUGUGCAUCCUACUAUUUUACCCUAUAUUUUAGGUGACUACCGAAUUCACUUGGCGGGGCAGGCCUCACAACACCAAAAAUAUACUUGCACACUUCAUGCAGCAUUGGCAACAAUGGAGUCUUUGAAGAAAUUCCAGUACGCAGAAUUUCAGCCACCAAAAGAUUUUGAAUGGAUUUUGUCGGCUAUAAAACUUACCGCAGAAUAUAAGACUAUCACUGAGAAGAACAUUGGAGAAGAAGCGGAUAUGGCACAAAGGGGUUGGAGACGCCUUGAGGCUGGUCUAUACACUCUUCAAGAGAUUGGCGCGGAAGGACACAAUACUCUGCAGCCUAAGAAAGACCCGAUACGUUUCAAGCUUAAGUCCUAUUCAAGAAUUGAUAUCAACGAAAACGAAGGCGAAGGCCUGAAAGUCGCAGUUCGUGAUGUAAGAGCUGGAACAGUUUUCUUGAUAUAUUUCAGAAUUUCCCGAAACUACUUCACCUUGAAGCCUGGAGAGAUUUACCACUACGACGCCACGAAGGCUUAUGUAAGCCCGUCAUUUUCCAUCCCUGCUUCUCAUGUGGUAAUGAUGAUUGGGUCAGGUGAUACUGUGAUAUGCACAGAGCUGCCUAACGGAGGUACACAAUGUGAGAACAGUGUUCAUCUGAAUUUCCAGAACAGUGCAGGGAAACUGUUCGGUGACGAUGGCUUUGGUAAGGUUGGGUCCAGCUCUGUGAAGGGCCUAUACAAAAUCACUGUCUGAACUCACAGGAUAUUUGUAACACACUGAUUUUGUGAAAACAGAGAGCAACAAAGUCAAUUUU